CUACAAUUUAACCCUUGUUUCUUCUCCAAAACACUAAUCUCUUUCUUCCCACCAUGGCCAAAAUUUUCCCUUCCACUUUACUCAUAUCCUUUGCUAUUUUCUUCUUCUCAACCUACAUCAAAGCAGAAACACCCGUUUUCUCUCGAAAUUUAUCUCCUUCAUCACUAGGACUUAAGAGAGAAAAGCUAAGCCACCUCCACUUCUACUUCCAUGACAUUCUUAGUGGCCCCAAACCUAAUGCAGUACGAGUUGCCCAGGCUGCCAUGACAAACACAUCCUCAACGUCCUUUGGAGCCGUGUCGGUGAUCGAUGACGCGUUGACUAUGCUGCCGGAUAAUAGCUCGAAAGUGGUAGGAAGAGCACAAGGUAUUUAUGCCUCAGCAUCGCAGAGUGAAUUCGGGUUGUUAAUGGUGUUGAACUUUGCUUUCAUAGAAGGAGAGUAUAACGGUAGCACUCUUAGCGUGUUAGGUAGAAACACUAUCUUGUCCACCGUCAGGGAGUUGCCAAUCGUUGGUGGGAGUGGUGUUUUCCGGUUUGCACGUGGGUAUGCUCACGCCAAAACUUACACCUUUGAUACAAAAACUGGGGAUGCUGUUGUGGAGUAUAAUGUCUAUGCCUUACAUUAUUGAGCCACACACGUAUAUUGAGCCAAUUACUUGGCUAUUCAUGUUUUGUUUUGUUUUGUGUUUAUUU